AUGGACAUCCGCCUCCUCCGCCCCUCCGACAUCCCGCUGAUUCAGCACGCGAAUUUGGAGAACUUGCCCGAGAAUUACUUCCUCAAGUACUACCUGUACCACGCGCUCUCGUGGCCGCAGCUUUCCUUCGUCGCCGUCGAUGUCUCGCGCCCAGCCAAGUCCCCUUACGACUACCCUAAGAUCGUGGGCUACGUGCUGGCCAAGAUGGAGGAGGAGCCGGCGGACGGCGUGCCGCACGGGCAUAUCACAUCUCUCAGUGUGAUGCGGACGCAUAGGCGUUUGGGGAUUGCGGAGAAGUUGAUGCGGCAGAGCCAACUAGCCAUGGUAGAAACCUACAACGCGCAUUACGUAUCCCUCCAUGUGCGCGUCUCCAACAAGGCGGCCAUCCACCUCUACCGCGACACGCUCGGUUUCAAGACCGAGAAGGUCGAGGCCAAGUACUAUGCGGAUGGCGAAGACGCCUACUGCAUGAAGCUGGAUUUGACCGCGCUCAGGGAGCAGAUUGCUGCGCAGCGGGAGAAGGAGCUGGAGGAGGAUAAGGCUGCUGCAGGUUCGAAUGGCGUUAAUGGUGCUGAGGCGGGUACCGAAGGCGUUGAUGAGGGCGAGGCUGUGGGGGAUGUCGGGCGGGACCCGAAUGCGGAUGCAAAGAAGGAGAAGAUGGUUAAGGUGAAGGUUGGGCGCGCGUUGGGGGUUGGAGAGUUGGUCGAGAGGGAUGAGAGUAAGCAUACAUAG